AUGGGUAGUCACAGCUCAGAGCUCACGGUCACUCACGUUGAUAGCUAUUUCGCUCAUAUCGGACUUCCUGCGCGAUUCCAGCGAGAUCAGCAUCCCAGCUUGGACGCAGCCUUCCUUUCAGCCAUUCAAGCACACCACCUUUGUCGCAUCCCUUAUGAGAAUGUCGCAUUACACUACAGUCGAGCCCCAUCCAUCUCCCUAGAAGUCCUUGACAUCUACCGAAAGUUCAUCGAGAAGGGCCGAGGAGGGUACUGCAUGGAAAACAACAUAUUCCUCUUUCACGUUCUGCGUGUCUUAGGAUUUCAGGUAUACUUGACUGGGGCCCGACUCUACCGUGAUGCUAUUAGUCCUACACCGGGGUGGUCAGGAUGGGAGCAUGCAGUGAACAUUGCCACACUCGAGAAUGGCGCCAAGUAUGUGGUCGAUGUUGGUUACGGCGGCGACGGACCGACGGUUCCUUUACCUCUGACUACAGACGUGGUGUCUCAAAAUAUCGGCACUCAGGAAUUGCGGCUGCUUUACGGUAGCGUGCCUGGUCUUUCAGAUAAACAGAGAGAUCUCUGGACUUAUCAGUUCCGAAAUGGGGCUGAUCAAGCAUGGAAACCGGCAUACGCAUUCUCUGAAUUCGAGUUCUUCCAGCGAGACUUUGAAGUGAUGAGUUUCUACACGAGUCAGAGUCCAUCGUGUUUCCUUACAUCACAUUUCCUCGCCAUCCGAUUUUUGCGCAAGGGAGAAGAAGUCUACGGCAAAAUGAUCUUGGACCAGGACAAACUGAAAGAGAAUCUGGGCGGCAAGUCUGUCUUAGUUGCGAAGCUUCAACACGAGCAGGAACGAGUUUGGGCUUUGCAUGACCAUUUUGAUAUAGAUCUGACCGAAGAUGAGAAGAGUGCUAUUGCUGGAAAGAAAUCUGCACUCAUUCGAUGA